CGCAAACGCCAUUGACUGACUUGGAUUGUAGGUGCUGCUAAGUAAACCCCAAGUCUUCAAUGGAAAGCGAAAUUGCCGCAUCAAUUUCCCACGUUACCAUCUAAUCAAGCCACAGUCCAUGCUGGAAAAUCAAAACAACAAGCAUCACACUCAGUUCACUCAUCAUAUCAUAACCUUAAUUGCAUUCAUUCACAGCCUUGUAUAUCUCAAAACAAAACUCCUCUGUUUUUCACCCUGUUUUGUUUCGCUAAUCAUGGCUUUCCAUCACAGAAAAUUGCUGCACCACAAAAUUUCAGCACCAACACCUUCCCCUCUUCAACCACCACCAAUUUUACUCCCAAAGCCACUGUUCCCUCUUCCAUUCACUUCCCACAGUUUCCACCAUUUCAAACUCAAAGCACUUCCACUCGCCAUGGUAAUCAUAGCUUCCAUGUGUUGCAUGUUCACGUUUCUUUGCUGCGUCUCCAUCAUCAUAAGAAGGUACUAUUCUUCAAGGAGGAGAUAUAUCAAUAACCAGAGAAGCAGAACAACCACGCCGAUUUUGUUCGAUGUGAGCGGCGAUUCUUCUCCGGUUUUCGAUGAUGGCGUGGAGUCGCCGGCGCUACAGUUUGUUGACCACCCCAUAUGGUUAAUCCGCACGGUGGGUCUCCAACAAUCGCUAAUCGAUUCGAUCACGGUAUUCAAAUACAGAAAAUAUGAAGGGUUUGUUGAUGGAACAGAGUGCUCUGUUUGCCUCGGCGAGUUUGAACAGGACGAGAAUCUAAGGCUCUUACCCAAGUGUAGUCACGCUUUUCACAUCCCCUGCAUCGAUACCUGGCUUAGAUCGCAUAAGAAUUGUCCCCUGUGCCGUGCCCCUGUGAUCAAUGAUUCUGCUGAUGGUAAUGGAAGUGGGGGUGGUGGUGGUGUAAAUUCAAACGUUUCUGGUGAGACUCAGAAUGAGAAUCAAGAGACCCAUAUUGAGGAUUUUGAUGCUGAGGUAGGAUCAGAGGAAAGUGAGAUGACUGGAGAUGAUGAUUCUGGUGUAUCAUGUACUAGUGGAACAAAUUUUGAUAAAGUGUUGCCUAAUUCAUUACCAGAGGAAUUGGAAGAUGAAGUUCAGCCUCUAAGGAGAUUUGUUUCAAUGGAUUCAUCUUCUUCUUCUUCUUCAACAAUAUUUCAUGAUGUGAUUGAUUCAGUUUCUGAUCGAGAGAGCUCUGAUACUGAAUUUGGUGAGAUAAAUUGUAAGGGAGUGAGCAUUGGUAAGCAUGGUAGUGGAAGUUCAAACGUUUUCAAUCUGGCUUCAAUUGGACGUGCGUUGCAGAAGAGGCCUGUGUCAAUGAGAAGAUCGUUUUCGCAUAACAGGAAAUCCUUGUUUUCUAGACACUCCAGGAGCCAGAGCUUAACUCUUCCUUUGUAAUAUACAAAGCAUGGUUGUAUCAAUUUUGACACCCUAAACCUUGCCAAAAUUGGUUUUAGCCGAGACAAUUGUAAAAGAACUCCUAUUCUUUUUUGGGUUUAGUUUAAUCGUGAACCAAUUAUAUAUUUUUGGAUUUUCAAGAGAUGUUCUUACUAAA